UCGGUUCUUCUCCGGUUUCUCUCUGGAGUUUCAAACUUCCUUCGGUUUUCCACUCUCUUCCAGUUCUUCUCCUCCUUUAUUCAUCUUAUUUUUCUCUCCCCUUUUCGGUUUCUCUCCAUCUCUCUUCUGUUCUGAUAUUUUUUUUGUUCUCUCCCGGCUCUGCUUCAUCCGUCUCCUGCUGCUCUUCCUUCGCUAGCUCCUUCGUCGGUUGCAAAAUAAACUCGAAACCGAAGCCCCUUCGGUGACCUGAUUCGGCUUCCGCAGUACCUUUCUUGCAUCUCUCACAGAUUAUUGCAAGGGAAAAGCCUUGAAUAUUUAGUUCUGCUUGGGCUUCUUCUCUUGGAGUUUGAAAUCAUGGCAACCCUGGCUGAUUCUUUCCUUGCAGACCUUGAUGAACUAUCUGACAAUGAAGCUGAUGUUAUUGAGGAAGAAGAUGUUGAUGCUGGAAAUAUGGAAGAAGAUGUUGAUGGGGAAAUGGCAGACAUAGAAAAUCUUAACUAUGAUGAUCUGGAUAGUGUUUCAAAAUUGCAGAAAACCCAGAGAUAUGUUGAUAUUAUGCAGAAAGUGGAAGAUGCACUCCAAAAAGGCUCUGAUAUCUCAAAUCUUGGGAUGGUUUUGGAAGAUGAUCCUGAAUAUCAGCUGAUUGUGGACUGUAAUGCGUUGUCAGUUGAUAUUGAGAAUGAAAUCAUUAUUAUCCACAAUUUUAUUCGUGACAAGUACAGGUUGAAAUUUCCAGAGCUUGAAUCACUUGUGCAUCACCCAAUUGAUUAUGCACGUGUUGUUAAGAAAAUUGGGAAUGAAAUGGACUUGACCCUGGUUGAUCUGGAAGGGCUAUUACCAUCAGCUAUUAUUAUGGUCGUAUCUGUUACAGCAUCAACUACAAGUGGCAAGCCUCUUCCUGAAGAAAUUCUUGAUAAGACCAUUGAUGCAUGUGAUCGAGCUCUUACUCUAGAUGCAGCAAAGAAAAAAGUCCUCGACUUUGUAGAAAGUCGAAUGGGAUAUAUUGCACCAAAUCUUUCUACUAUUGUUGGGAGUGCUGUUGCAGCUAAACUUAUGGGGACUGCUGGUGGUCUUGCUGCAUUGGCUAAGAUGCCUGCAUGUAAUGUUCAGCUUCUUGGUGCUAAGAAAAAGAACCUUGCUGGGUUUUCCACUGCAACAUCGCAAUUUCGUGUCGGCUAUAUUGAGCAAACGGAGAUAUUUCAAUCUACACCCCCUUCUUUGAGGAUGCGUGCUUGUCGGCUCUUGGCUUCCAAGUCAACACUUGCAGCAAGAGUAGAUUCCACGAGAGGAGAUCCAUCAGGGAACAACGGAAGAGCCUUACGGGAAGAGAUCCGUAAGAAAAUUGAGAAGUGGCAAGAGCCUCCUCCUGCAAAGCAACCCAAACCACUUCCAGUGCCUGAUUCUGAGCCUAAAAAGAAGAGAGGUGGUCGUCGACUGAGGAAGAUGAAGGAAAGAUAUGCAAUAACAGACAUGAGGAAACUCGCAAAUAGGAUGCAAUUUGGUGUACCUGAAGAGAGUUCUUUAGGGGAUGGACUGGGAGAGGGUUACGGAAUGCUUGGUCAGGCUGGGAGUGGCAAGCUGCGUGUAUCAGUUGGUCAGAGCAAACUUGCUGCAAAAGUUGCCAAGAAGUUUAAGGAAAAGCCUUACGGAAGCAGUGGUGCUUCCUCUGGAUUGACGUCAAGUUUAGCAUUUACCCCUGUGCAGGGGAUAGAACUCUCAAAUCCACAGGCUCAUGCACACCAACUUGGCAGCGGAACUCAAAGCACAUACUUUUCCGAGACAGGAACAUUUUCAAAGAUCAAGCGGACAUGAAUCUUCAUCUGUUCAUCCCUCCUUGCCAGUCUUGAGUACAUUGAAUGAUGCUACUUUGAGGGACCCUGAAAGUGUUCAACACAUAUCUUUAUAAGGAACUCUUGCUGUAAGAUCCUUAGACCCAGAUCGCUUUUAAGCAUUAGUCAGCAUUAAUUAUGAA